AGUGGAGAAAUACAAUGCAGCAUGGCUUCUGAAAGCCCACGGUGAUCAAGUUUAUGGGCUGUUUAAGAACAUUUUAGGGGAUUUGUUUUUGUUUUACGGUUCCGUUUACUGUAAAUUUGCCCCCAGAAGAUAUUAAUGACCAGACAAGGUUAUUCUCUACUUUCUAAAGCAGAAUGACCAAAGCAAAGGCGAAGACAGCGCAUCCCGACGCUAAAACCACCGCUAAAGAUAAAAGGAAGAAGUUUUGGAUUAAACACAAUCUUAAGCAGAAAUCUGACAAGACAACGACUCCAAAGAAGCAUCAAGAAAAACCUGUCCCUCCACAAGAGCCUCAACAGAUCUCCGCCAACUGGAAAUCAUUACAGCAGAUCCUCAAGAGUAGUCAGACGGAGAAAACUCACCACAAUGGCGUCAUCACAACGAAAAAUCCAGAAAAAGAUUUUAAAAAUACUUCUACGAACAGUGCUACUCUAAGCCAGAAAGACUGUGGGAGAAAAGGGAAGCUGAACAUGGUUCCUGCUGCUUCAAAGGAGGCAAAGAUGAAACACCCUGCAUCCUCUGACUCUCAGCAUUCCACUGCUCCAAAAAGGAAAAAGGUCAAAGAAAAACCAAACAGUGAGCAGGCAGCUAAAAAGAAGAAGAAUGACACAUCUUUGGUUGAAGGGAGGAAACCUACAGAGGAAGACCUUUGGUUUGAUGAUGUGGACCCUGAUGAUAUUGAGGAAACAAUGGGAGCAGAAGCAGCAGAGAUCAUGAGGAAGAAACAGGGGAUCCACAGCAGAAGCAAAGAAACAGAUAAUGCUUUGGUGAAGGAUAAGUCAUUUGAUGGCAUAACCAAAGUGGUGGCCAUUGAUUGCGAGAUGGUGGGAGUUGGUCCUGCAGGCGAGGAAAGCAUCCUGGCCCGAGUUUCUCUUGUGAACAAGUUUGGAAAAUGCAUCUAUGACAAAUAUGUAAAACCAACAGAAAAAGUGACUGACUACAGAACAGCCGUCAGCGGUAUCAGACCGGAGGAUAUCGAAGAUGGUGAGGAUAUCCAGACUGUACAGAGAGAGGUCGCUGACAUCCUGCAGGGGAGAAUAGUGGUUGGACACGCCAUACAUAAUGAUUUAAAGAUUCUGCUCCUGGAUCAUCCAAAGAAGAAAAUCAGGGACACCCAGAAAUAUAAACCUUUCCGAAGGAUUGCCAAGAGUUGUCGCCCCUCUUUGAAAGUCCUCUGCAAAGAAGUCCUCAAUGUAAAGGUUCAGCAGGGGGAACACUCAUCUGUCCAAGAUGCACAGGCCACCAUGAGGCUGUAUACACUAGUGAGAAAACAGUGGGAAGCAGAGAUUAAAGCUGGUAAGAAAAGCAAAGAUUCAGGGGAGAAAAAAAAGAGGAAACCGAGAUAAGAACGACACCAGGAUAACAAAACCAACAUGGAGGAGAACAACAUCCCCAGAAUCAGAGCAGCUGGAAUCAAUCUGGACUUGUUUUCAUAAAGAAGAGAAUCCAGUGGCCUUCUUGGCCAACUAUUGAGAAAACAUGUGUCUGAGCCAAACAUUACUGAUGGUUGUGAAAGAAAAACAAAAAACUUUUUGUUGGCGACUCAGUUCAAUGGAAGUCAAAAUGUUCCAGAAGAGUUUUUGGGUUGAGACUGUUUAGCUUUAGGCCUGAUAUGUUUCUCAGCUAUCUCUCCUUUAACUCCAGUAGAUUGAAAUGGUCUCACAUUAAGUCUGCGUUACAGAUUAUUUUCAAAGAUUUCCCUUUAAAUGGUGUCUAAAAUGUCCAAGGGUUCUUUGAAACUUCAUUUCUUACAGCAACCCCAUCAUUAUUAAAGUCUUUAGUAAAGAUGUGUCCAAUAAGAUGUCACUUCUUUUUUGAAAGAAAAAUCAUAUUUCAAUAUUUUUUCUUGUUUAAAUAUUUUUCCAGCAUGUUGUUCCUCACAGUGAGAUUCAUAUUUCUAAAUAUUCCUUAUCUUUCUCUUUAGAUCUUUCCACAAUCAUGUUGGUUGUGUAUAUUUUCCCUUUUAAGACUGUUUUUUAAAAGAAAUCAGAU